AGUAGAGAGAGAGAGGCAAAAGAUAUCUACCUUAGGGAAGAACCUCAGAGAGAGGGAGGGAAGAAGAGGACGGGUAGGAGCGUGUGUGCAUGUGUGUAAGAGACACUUAUUCUCUUAACUACUAGGAGACAGACACACUUUCCUGGCCCGACUCUAAGAAGGGGGGAAAACAGCAGGAAGAUUUUUUUUUCAAUAUCAAUUUUAAUCUUCCUAAUCAAGCGGCUCUUAAGCUCCUCUUCCUGGAAAACUCUUUUUUCAUCGCCUGCUGGGAGUUCUACAUGUAUUGAUCCAUUUACCCUCUCACACACUUACAAGACUUACCUCAUGGAUUUGUAUCUGAUUGGAUAUUUGAUGUGUGUGUGGUUGUCCAGCUCACGGGUGCUUGGAGGCUAUCCCAUCUGGUGGUCCCUAGCCCUUGGACAGCAGUACUCAUCACUGGGAUCCCAACCCAUCCUAUGUGGCUCUAUUCCUGGGCUUGUCCCCAAGCAGCUGCGUUUCUGCCGUAACUACAUAGAGAUCAUGCCUAGUGUUGCAGAAGGUGUCAAGCUGGGAAUCCAGGAAUGCCAACACCAGUUCAGGGGCCGUCGAUGGAACUGUACGACUAUCAAGGACAACCUGGCAAUCUUUGGCCCUGUGCUGGAUAAAGCAACCAGAGAGUCAGCGUUUGUCCACGCUAUAGCCUCCGCGGGCGUAGCAUUUGCGGUGACUCGCUCCUGCGCCGAGGGCACGUCCACCAUGUGUGGCUGUGAUUCUCACCACAAGGGUCCUCCAGGGGAGGGCUGGAAGUGGGGCGGCUGCAGCGAGGAUGCUGAGUUCGGGGUGUUGGUGUCCAGGGAGUUUGCAGACGCCAGAGAGAAUCGUCCAGAUGCUCGUUCUGCAAUGAACCGACACAACAACGAGGCAGGACGCUCGACCAUCCUGGACCACAUGCACCUGCGCUGUAAAUGCCACGGCCUGUCAGGAAGCUGCGAGGUCAAGACCUGUUGGUGGGCGCAGCCAGACUUCCGUAUGCUGGGCGACUACCUGAAGGACAAGUACGACAGCGCCUCGGAGAUGGUGGUAGAGAAGCACCGCGAGUCCCGAGGCUGGGUUGAGACGCUACGAGUCAAGUACAACUUCUUCAAACACCCCACCGAGCGCGACCUGGUCUACUACGAGGGCUCGCCCAACUUCUGCGAGCCCAACCCCGAGACCGGCUCGUUCGGGACGCGCGACCGAGCCUGCAACGUGUCGUCGCACGGCAUCGAGGGCUGCGACCUGCUGUGCUGCGGCCGUGGCCACAACACCCGGACUGAGAAACGCAAGGAGAAAUGUCACUGCAUCUUCCACUGGUGCUGCUACGUCAGCUGUCAGGAGUGUGUGCGCGUGUACGACGUGCACACAUGCAAGUGAAAAACAGAACUGCUGGACUACGAUUACUUCCCUCCCAAACUUCCCCGCAACUCCCCGCCUCCAACUCCUGCACGACUCCCGUACUUCCCCAAACACAAAAUCAUAUUCAUCGGCACACACUCAGGCCCUAAUGGGUAAUGGCACAUCAGUAAUGGAUACUUCUAUACCUGUUUUUUUUUUGUAGAAUCAGUCUUCCAAACCACUUUAUUUCCAUAAUAUCUGACCAGAAAAUGUGGGAAGAAGCUAGAAUUAUGCCACUUACCCCUUGUUCCUCUCCCCACUACAUCGGACCAUGAUCCCCACCCCGUCUUCUCCCUUCCUGUCUUUAUUUAUUUCCCCCCUCCAUGCCAGCACAAUGUUUGUGGCAUGUACAGUAACACUUUUUACCUGUGAGAUUAAUGCAGUAAAAAAAAAAGAAAAGACUCUCUUUGCUUUUUGAACAAAAAGCAUCUUCUAACUAACACCUCACUUCUCCGGCUUAUCUGGCUGGUUUAUCUUUUGUUUUUUUUUAACUAAAUCAACCUCUACAACCAUCACUUAGUCGGAAGUGAAACUGAACACAGCCCCAGGAAACCAUCACUUUGUAACUACUGAACUGAACUGAACUGAAAACAGCAGGCAGGUGUUGGAAGUCGCCAUAGUCCUGUCUUUUUUUUGUUGUUGUUGUUGUUGUUGUAAAAACUACUGAGCUGAUGAAAUCCUCAGUGUUGCUGACUGACUCUGCCGCACCAGUCAACCGGGGAGCCUGGAAGAUAUAUGCUACAGCCUGAUUUUAUAGCCCUGCAUUUCUGAAAUAUUACCAUCGGGCUGGGACUGGAGGUAUGCAGCAUGUGUGUGAACAAGCAUGCUCAUUCCACUAACUAACAAAUGUAUGCACUAUUCAGUUAGACAGAGCUCCAGGUGGGACAGAUUUGAGCAUUGUUUACGCCACAAAGUU